AUGUAUCAAAGUAUUCACUUAAUCACCCGCUCCUCGGACUCCCCAUCUGCGCUCUACCGUCCGGUAGAUCAAAUUCCGCCAAAAAUGUACGAAGCUCCGCCCCCCUAUGAGUGUUUCGUCCCGCCACCAACGACUUCAACGACGAUUGCCACGACUUCUGAUGAUAAUAAUGAAUGGAACUGUAUUAUGGAGAAUGAGGUCAACGGCUCCCGUCGGACUCCGCCCCAAAUCUCUUAG